AUCACAAGCCACCCACACCCAGAAGCCAAGAUGGCAGCCUCUGACAGGGCCCCUGGGCCUCCAACCGACCAACCUCUACCAGCACAGCAGGCAAGCGAAUUCCCCCACGAGGACCGCAUAGUGGCAGCCUUCAACCUUUUCUGGACGCCAUGGUGGGCCAUACUGGCGCAGACCCAAGCAACUACAGGG